ACACAAGCGCCGCGGCUUGGUUUGGGCGCGCACGUGAUCGGCUCGCGCGAGUCCCGACCGACGCCGGUGUCGUCCUUAGGAGGCGCGCGUACUUCUGCUGCUGGACGGCGCUCGCCUGUCAACGACCUGCCGUGCGUCCGAUUGGCGCGCGAACGGGGAUGUGACCUCAACCGACUCGUCAAAGAAUUUGCUGGCGGUGCAUGUGCAACUGGUUGUUGGUCUACCCGUCGACGUCGCGCUGGCCUCCUCUUGGGAUUCGCCUGUGAUCUCCGUUGUUUGCUGCUUGCGUGUUUGUGUGUGUGCGCGCGUGUCAUUCGCCUUGCGGCCAGGCAACUCGUGAAACUUCCCAGCCGGUGUCUUGGAAGGAUUACGCCCGUCGGAGUGACCGGUGGCGAUAUCGCGGGGCCUAGCCGUGGCGAGCCCGUGCGUCGUUAAUGCGGAACGGCAAAAAGUGUGGAUUUGCUGCCCAUGACAGAGCAGCGGACUACGCGCCGUCCGUCACGGGGCCAUCUUCCUUCCCAUGUUCGACGACUUGUGCGGGCUGCCAGGCGCUGCAAACAGUUCCCGGCCAAGGACUGCCCUGGACGUCGGCGCUAACGCGACAUGGUCACGCCCCCUUCUCCGUAGGACGGCCGCACUUUGUCUCUACCGGUGCCAUGAGGCUGCGCAUCCGCACGGCGGCGCUCCUGCUGCUCCUGGCGUGCACCUUCGGGCCGGCUGCGGCACGACGAGGCGGUGGCGGCUCCCCCUACAAGACGGCGUACGCGUGCGAGGGCAGCCAGCUGGGCUUCUCGUGCCCCGAGGGCCAGCUCAUCUCGCUCAUCCGCGCAAACUACGGCCGCUUCUCCAUCUCCAUCUGCAACGAGCACGGCACGCUCGACUGGAGCGUCGACUGCAAGUCCAACCGAUCCUACAACGUCAUCCGAGACAGCUGUGGUAUGAGGAGGAAGUGCAGUCUUCCGGCUUCGACCGAUGUCUUUGGUGACCCCUGCCCCGGUACCUUCAAGUACCUGGAAGCGCACUACCAGUGUAUUGCAGAGUCCCCGACGACGCCGUCGAGCACGACGCCGUCGACGACAUCGACGACCACGACGACGUCGCGGCCGCUCAUCAUCAUCCCGGCGACCCAGUUCCAGAGGCCGCUGCUGCUGCCGACGCCGGCGUCUCAGCCGUCGACCAGGGAGCCGUCCUCGACGCCGCUGCCUUCGGUCCCGGAGACGGCGAGCGGGGCGCACGGGGUGGCCGGAUCUUCGGCGAGACCCGAGAUGCCUGGUGCCCACGAGUUGACGACGACGAGCGGCGACUGGUCGACGACCACGGUGUUCACGCUGCAUCGCGCGCCUCCGUCUCCCAGAACCCAGCCGACCGACGGCUACGACAUCUGGGGCGGCAGCUGGGGUUCCACCACCGAGCGCAGCUUCGACUCGCCUCACCUGGGAAGAGGGAGGUUCCAGGACCCGGACAGGGUGAGCGGCGUCCCGUCCUACCUGCACCGGGGCUUCUGUCCGCCCAUGCAGUCCAGGAGCAGCUUCUGGAACUGGACGCGCGCCGGAGACACGGCCGUCCAGAGGUGCCCCGGUGGCGCCAUAGGUCACGCUAGGUGGCGGUGCCUUCCCGGCAGCCCCCCGUACUGGGAGCACGACACUCCGAACCUGAGUGCCUGCUACUCCGCCUGGAUGGAGAACCUCAAGUCGAGGGCCGAGGACGACGACUCCGUGGUGAGCCUGGCCGUGGAGCUGGAGGUGAUCACGCGCACCAAGACGCUGCUGGGCGGCGACAUCGCCCAGACGGCGGGCGUCAUCCAGAGGCUGCUGGCGAGGAUGACGCGACGGCUGGACGACUUCCCGGACGAGCGGCGCCGCUUCCAGGUCGUCAAGGAACUGCUGCAGUCCACGGUGGAGAUCAGCAGCAACCUGCUGGAGGACUACCAGCGCGACUCGUGGCUCGAGCUGCCGCCACGCGAGCGCCGCCACGUGGCCGGUGCGCUGCUCCGUGCGCUGGACAACUCGACCUGGCUGCUGGCGGACACCAAGCAGGCCGCGUUCCGCUUCUCCAGGGCGCACGGCAACGUCCUGGUGUCGGUGCGGCUGGUGGAGACGUGGGCGGCCUCUGAGAUCCGGUUCCCAGUGCACGAGGACGUCCAUGGUACAGUCUGGAUGCGCAUGCAAGACACGCUCGUGUUCCCGCCCCAGGCGCUGCUCGGUAGCGCACGAAACGGCGUGGUGAAGCUGGUGUUCAUGGCGUACCGCAACAUCGAGGACUUCCUCGGCCCCGAUAUGGCGUCGAGCACCGCCGCCGGGGUUGAGGCCACGACCGAGCGGAUCAUCAACUCGCGCGUCAUCGCCGCCUCGGUGAACAGCAGGCACCUGGUGAAGCUGCACCAGCCCGUGCUCAUCACCUUCCAGCACCGCGAGGUGGAGAAUGUGACGAACCCGAGAUGCGUCUUCUGGAGCUUCGAUGAUGAGGAGUGGCUGACCGAGGGCUGCUGGCUGAAGGAGACCAACGAGACUCACAGCGUCUGUGCCUGCAACCACCUGACAAACUUCGCUCUCGCCAUGGACCGUAGGCCACCCGAGUUCUCAUCGACUGAGCAGAAGAUGCAGCUGUUCGUGUACGCCUCGUUCGCGACGUGCAUGAUUCUGCUCAUCGCCGCUGGCUUCACUCUGCAAGCCUUCAGGUCGCUGAAGGGCGAGCGGGUGACCAUCCACAAGAACGCGUGCCUGUGCCUGCUGCUGACCGAGGCGCUGCUGGCGAGCGGCCUGGGCGGCCACCCCCAGCGUGUGGUGUGCGGGGUGCUGGCCGGCUUCCUGCACUACUUCUGGCUGGCCGCGUACUUCUGGGCGCUGCUCGAGGGGUUCCAGCUGUACACGGUGCUCCUGGACGUGCUGGGCACCGAGCCGCCGUCCUCCCGGCUGCGAUGGUACUACCUGCUGGCGUAUGGUGCGCCGGCGGUCAUCGUGUGCGUGUCGGCCGGCAUCAGCCCUUCCAGCUACGGGGCACCGCUGGGCCCGUCGUUGCAAUCGCGCAGGGCAUGCUGGAUCGACAUGGAAGGACACCAGCUGUGGAGCUUCGUGGGCCCCGCCGCGUUCUGUGCUGCGCUGUGCCUAAUCUUCCUGGCGAUGGUCUUCUGCAAGGCCCACCGGCACGUCGACUUGCACGCAACCCUGAAGAGCAAGGAGCAGGAAAGGAUAGCCAACACGAGGUCCCUGAGCGCGCACUCGCUGCUGGUGCUGGCGUCCCUGUGCCUGGUCAGCUCGUUCGCUCAGCUCCACGUGUCGCGCGGCUCGCUGGUGCACACGAGCCUCUUCUCCGUCCUCAACAUACUGCUGGGAGUCGCAGUGCUCGUCUUCUACUGCCUCAGCAACGACAAGGUGAAGCGUGCCGUGUGCCGUCGCGUGCCGUGGUGCCGCCUGCCGGGUUCCCGGUUGGGCGGCGCCAGCCCUGCCGGCGGAGCAGGCGCCCCCCAGGACCCGGCCUCGGCGGGGCACCACCCGGGCCUCUUCAUGCACGCCAACGGCAUGCUGGUGCCCUAUAGUUCUACCCCGCAAUCUUGGAGCUCUCUGAAGGAGCACGAGUCGUCCGAGGUCACACAAGACGCAAGGAACCAUGCCACACAAGGUCUCCCAUCUAUAGCCACGGUGACGAGCAACUAUCCCUGUGAGGAGCACCCGUUGCGGAGCUGGAUCUGCAACGCCUGGCACCCGCCGGCAGCGCAGCCGGCGCCCCCGCCCGACUGCCUGCCUUACACGGCCGCCCAGUGGCCCCCGAACCACCACAACCCGCGCGCCAGCGACGACGGCUCUUGGAAGCCGCCGGACCCUUAUUCGCGCAACGAUCACGUGUACGAGACCAUCGACGAGGACGCCGCGCAGCACCACUCUCAGUCGGGCGACGGCUGGCGCACGCAACCGCACCAAGCGGGGGGACGCCAUGGCCCCAAGCAGGGCGGCAGCUACCGGUCUCUGGGCCGGGCAGCCAUGCUGAACAGCGUGGUGGCUCCCGCCCCGGACAGGACCAUCCUGGGGUCACUGACGGCGGCCCUGGCUUCGUCGCCCAGGGCGCGGCACUUGCCCAUUAUCGGAGACUCCUGCCUGAGGCAGCAGGUUGCCUACUCCGGCAUCAAGAGCCCGUCGGACUCUGAGAGGUCUUCCAGUUCGCUCAUGGACGAAGAGAGGACGGAGUCUUCGGCCACACUAGCGCUAGAAGACCGGGGUCGUGCAGUGUGGUCCUCGCAGCACGGUUCGGAUGUCUUAGUGCGCGAAGGGGUUGAACACUUUUAAUGGGCCCACAUGAGUAAACUCCGUAGGCGUGCGUAUCAGUGUGGCCGUGCUUAUCACAGCUACUGACAGUUUUGGCAGCAGCUCUGGUCGUCGCAAAGAUGUCAAUGAAAAUGCCGUGUGGUUCAAAUAAUGCGCUCAAGGUGAGGACUUCGACAUUCGUUCGCUGAAAGUGCUGUGGUCGCCAGCGUUUUCUGUCAAGCGUUGAUAUCACGGGAGUGCGCGUUUACGCCGACAUGGCAGGGAAUGUCGCCUGCUGUAGGCUGUGGAAAAGUGGAACAUCAAUGGUCUCGUCGAAUGCUUCUCCAGUGGACCAGAGUCGCUGUAUGUGCGAGAAUGUGCUUGUUGAACUUGAAGCGGACAUCUAUGUGUGCGCGUAUAUUUAUUGCAAAAAACACACAAGAAAACGCAAGGGAAGCGGCGUGAGUCAUCCAUGACAUUCAGUAUCGUGCUCAUAGUGAACCCAAUGUCUCCCGUACAUAUUUUAGGUGGCCUGACGAAGAGUAACAACAUGUUGUCUUCUCCAGAACAUUGCUAUCAAUACGCACCUGCAUAUCAAAGACAAUGCUGCCCUUUUGGUGUAAAAACUGCAGUGACAUGGCUGUCUUCAAGUGGACCGUGCGUGACUAUGUGUGUUUCACAUUUCUUAUAGGCUGCACAUUUCUUGUGUGCUCCAAUUUUCCGUGUGCGUCGAGCGUCAUUGAUAUAAGUCGAGCCUUCUAUUUCACGUGUCGCCGGCUACGUUCCCGUGGCAAUGUUGUGGCGUGCGUGAUUAUGCCUCAGUGCACCUUCGCUGUGUCUUUUGUCGCCAGGAUACUCGACGCAUCUGGAAAUCGAGCUUAUGCCACGCGUCGUAGGUAACACAACCGUGGUGUUGCUAUGUGAAGAUCUCGUGCCGCUGCUACCAUCUGCUCUGCCAUGCAAAAAUUAUGCGGCCCUACAAACAUUCUUGUGUAACAUCUUCAUUCAUUGCUCUUAGAGAGACACUAAAGAGAAAAACAAGGAAAGCAGUAUUUGAGGCGUAUUAGCAAAUUGCCCUUCCACAAUUCCAAAGCGGCCACUUUUGCCGCGAGACGACGACAGAAAAUGUGCAAAAAAUGAAAGGUGGGCGACCAACUAGCCGUGACUUAGCGGAUUUGGGCGUUGUCUGCUGGGGUCUAGUUUUUACGGGCAAAAAACGAACUCCACUGUAUUUGAAGUUAGUCAAAAAGUGAACUUCAGAAGCUUCCAGAACUUCUAUUCAGCCUGAAUGGCUGACAAUGCGAUAAAAUACUGUCUCGUCCAUGACGUGAACAGUGACUUACGCAAAAUAAACGAAAGUACAGUUCUUCAAGAAUACCUUAUCAAUAUAAACAGCUUCAGUGUUUCUGUUUAGUCGUUAAAUAUCUCCCGGUUCCCUAUCUAAACCGCAUAGAAACGUGAAAAUAAAUGUCCGCAUCAUCCUUGCUUUGAAUUCUCCACUGGCUGCUCAGGUUGAGUGUGAGAUCAGACACUGUGUACGGUUGCGAUCAUCCGUACUUUCUGCCAGCACGGAACAGCGCGCACCACGGACGAAUUGAUUGUGUUACCCACGGGCCGUCGCAGAAAUACUGCCCGCCGAGCGGCUGCAAUGUACCAUAUCAAAACUGGCAGUUUGUUGCGGCCUCAAAUUCAACCUGCUUGCAGAGGCAAGAAGUGCUCGUCAUGCUGUUCGUGUCGUCAGCACCGUGGCGCUUGUGUGCGCCCGAUGGUGCGGCGACGAAUUUCCGUCUUUGUAAGUGUAGCAACUGCGUCAGCUUUCAGGUUUAGGCCGGCACUGCACGUGCCGAGUGCGGGAGUGAGCGAGUGGUCAGCUGACUUCCUCGCGUGUUCGUGGAGCGCCGAGGUGGGCGAUCUGCGUUGCCCGCGAGCAUUUGUUUUGAAAGGAGAUAGUUCUCUUUACGUUUACUUUUUGGAAGUAUUUAAAGCUUCACGCGCACUGGCAUUCUUAAGAGGGCGCAGUAUUGGUGAUAUCUUCGCGAUGGUUAAGAUGAUCCUCGAGAGGGCCUGCUUGUGACCACACUUUCCUCUCUUUUUUUUUUGUUUACCUUCAGUAUCGCGAUCCUUCAGAGGAACUAACAGUUCUGUCGCAGUUGUAUGUGUAGGGGAAAAAUGCGUUUCGGCGGGAAUUCUCAAACACGGUGGAACCGUGAAACUGGUUUGCCGUUCAGGGGGAAAUUCAAAUCUUGGUUGCAUAGGAAUUGUUGCGAAAUGCAAGAUGACAUUCCUAAUUGUGCGAGUGCCAGAGAUUGCGAGGAAAAUAGAGCAAUUUAAAGAAGUUUUGAAGCUUUACGACGGCGGUUGAGCAUUAAUCCGCGAUAGCAGGAAAGCACCAGCUCCCGAUUGAGGCACCUGUAAUAGUCGCAUGCAAGUAUCGUGCAUGCGAGUGCACUUGAAACAUCCUAGAGCGUUAUGGCCAUGUCUUCUGGCGAGUCUGGGGAUGCAAUACUCAUGUCGAGAAUUUCAUCGUGCUGCGCCCUCCUUAGGUGAGACCGACGCUCCGCUCGAAGUCGCUAGUCAAGUGUAUCUACCCAGUUUUAAAACCCGCGAAAGCAAGUUACAGCGUUUUCUUUUCGUCAUAUAAAAUGCGUGAAACGCAGGACGUCUUUGACGUCGAGGUGUGACCUUGAAGGAGUGUUUUCCUCAUCGUACGAGUCAUUUUAGUUUCGAUGAGCCUUCUAUGGUCUAUACGUGUUCUUGGCGCCUCAGUACGAGUCAGAAGUGCAUUUGUACAUUUAAUUCAAUACUCGCUUACUGGGAUAAUGUUUCACUCGACGCAGCCGCGAGUCUUUCGAGGAAAAUAUUCAGGGUCAAUCUCUCGAAGAUGUACAAGUGGUUGUUCCGGUUGAAAUGCUGUCUAUAAGAGUUAAAGAGCUUUGAUGAUAUUGGUGGCUCUACCGGCAAUGCUCAUAAUGUGGCUACACAGCUCAUACUGGACUUAGGCUUUUGGAUGUUCAUAUAUUUGUAUCUACCCUGUGUCAGAUCGCGAAACGUCGCGCAUUUUCCAAGUAGAAACACUGGUUUCAAACUUUCUUUUCGGUGUAAUUGUAGAACCCCAUACGAACGUUUCACGAUGGCAUUCGGUGCAGCUUAAUGGAUGUAACAAUGUUUCUUCUUUUUUUGUUUCUGUCGAACAAUUUUGGCGUCAAUUAGAAAAGAAAAAUUAAACGUUCGCAUUUGCUAGUUCAGCGUACUAGCUUUUGAUUUGGCCGCCGGUGUCUAGAAGGAAAGUCUGGCUAGAAUUGUUCCUCCUAUUUUAAGUGGUUAUCAGGAAUAACCUACUCAAACUCAACAGAAAGCGGCCACUUGUGUUAAACUUGGCUACCAGCGCACACACUGCCGCGGAGUUUUUUUCACAGAAAGGCGAACAUCUUUCGAAGGAUGUGCCACUAGAGGCUGGUCGCUUAUAUUGUGUCAUCAUCGAGCGAAACAUCUACAAGCAACUGGCAGCGCCCUUGUGGCCAAGCUUUAUACAUAUAUAAUUAUCACGACUCAUUUCUCUCUUUGUCUGAUAUCUUAAUUGCGCUAGCUUUGGCGGACUCGCAACGAACACUCGGAUGAAGCAAAAGAACGCAGAAAUUGGCACCGGCAGCCCUUUUGCUUGUGCUGUUGUACCUGAGGUUUUCGUAAUUGUUUGCUUUUUAUCGCGUGCAAAGUGUGCAACCAACUCAUUAAAGGAAAAACCGUAUGCAUUAUUCUUUUAUUGUUCGCUAACCAUUAGGUACUUGGUGUCAUACAAACAUUUGUGAUAAGCAUCCCUCACGAAGGUUAGGAAUGAACACAUGCCUCUUGUGGCACACAUUCACGUUUUUUUGUGGUCUUUUCGUGAUCCACUGGUUUUAUCGCAACCUAUGUUCUUCUGUAUAUGACGGUAUAUAAUUUUGCCUCGGCGUGUUCCUUCCCCCUCGAAGCUGUGCACUCUGCGUGGGUUUGUGCGAGUGGAGAGUCGAGCCACGCUUUCCAUCAAAGUUCUUACUUCUUUCGCGCUGCUUUUAUUGAGUUUGUAUGAGUUAACUAUACUAAGACGAAGUAAACAUUUACGCUGUGUUUUUCUAUUACAUCUUUUCCCGAGGAAACGUGCGAAACGAUAAAGAGAGACCCCUUUGUGAUCCCUUCCUUUACGGCGGAGCUGGAGCCGUCGCCUGCACUCACAGUGUUUUUUAAUGUGCGCGCGUGCGUGUAUGUGUAUCUGUGUACCUCUUGUUACGCGGUGUGAGGUGUAUUGUUGUUCUCUGCGGUGUGUGUCUUUGUUUGUUUUCUUCUCGAAUGUUACGAUGGAAUUGAUUUACAAGCUUAGAUAAGUAAAUAAAAGCGAAACUGAUACGC